AUGUCUCGAGCCAAUGUGUCAUCUGCAAGACCACUUUCUCUUACUGAAGAGCUUGAGAAAUUGGAGCAAUCUAUCACUCUGACACUUCAAGAAAUUGAUCACAACUUUAGUCGAGCGCAUCGUAUUGUCACUACAAGUAUUCUGCCCGUCGUUGAACAAUACGCGAACCAUUCAAAUGCAGUAUGGGAAGGGUCCAAGUUUUGGAAACAAUUUUUCGAAGCCAGUGCCAAUGUCUCAUUACUUCAAGUAGAGCAACAGGGGGAGGAGGAGGACGUUUCAUAUACUCAGUCCCACGAAGACCCAAGUCAAUAUACUACAUCACAGAUUGAUGAUGAAACUAUUCAAACAGAAGACGAUGGUCAUCAUAUUUACGAUCAGGAUGAUUCAAUGCUCGAAGACAACGAUAUUAGUGGUAGCACUCCCAGAGGUCCUCCACGAAAAGAUAAAGAGCUACAAUUUGCAGACUUGUCAUCUCCAUACGAGGACUUGAGAAAGGAAUUUAAAGAUGCUACUUUACAAGGUGAUGAGGAUGAUACACAACUACCGAGUACACCUGGAGCUAGGCAAAGGAUACCAGAUAUGUCAAUGCUACCAGAUUCAUCUCCAUUUGACCCAACCACAUAUCGGAUGGACCCGACUUUAUACGAUCUACCAUCAACUACCCAAACAUAUAUCCCAUCGACGGCUCAAAAGACAAAGGAUCCUCAAUAUCUUAAAAUGCUCGAAAAGAAUUAUCGAAUCCAAGCAACACCACUUACAAACCGAAAAGAAAAGAAGACCCCUGCAAACAAACCCUCAUGGCGAGACAAUCAAUCACCGUUGUCUUCACCACCAGCUGCAGCACCUCAGUUACAUGCUGAUAUAUUCAGUUCGCCAAUUAGACAACCAUAUAAGCCGAAUGCACCACGAACACCAGGUAUAAGUGUUCAAACUCCGGCGAAAGGAAAGUCAAAGGACAUCUUUUCCAAAUCUAUAAAGAAAGAGAAAGAUGAGAUCACAUGGGAAAGUGAUAGUGAUGAAGAUGCGGAAGAUAUUUACAAGGAACUUGGAAUGAGUCCACCAAAGACGAUUCAAUUUUCCUUACCACAAUCAAGAUUACUACAAACUCCUGCACGAGAAGCAAGCAAAAGAAUUGUCGAAGAUCUUCUUACCACCGCUGGGGCUGGAUUUGAUAAUACAGAUGAAUUGGAUAAUAGUCCAAGCAUAGUCGCAAUGAAAGAUGAUUUUGAUGAUAGUUUUUGA